AUGUCCGAUGGGCUUUCUCUCCUCACGACUCUCGUUUCACUUGGUUUAAAACUUCAGCAAGCAAUUGAGAAGGUCAAGGGAAAUAAAGAGGCCCAUCGUGUCCUAGUCCAUCGCAUCAAUACCUCGCUACAACUACUAAAUAGCGAGUAUCCCAAAAUCUCCAGCAAAACCAGUCCCUCGCUCUUACGUUCCAUUAAGAAGUUGAAAUCUGAUCUCGAGUAUGGCUUGGAGAGCUGUUAUAAGCCGGCAGUUCGACCAACGCUAUCGAAUAUGAAGAGUUGGUUCAACAAGGAUUCUAUCGAAGCCGCUCUUAUCGUGGUAGAGAAGCAGAUAGCAGCAUGUUUUCAGGAGUUCACGGCACUGAGUAUCUUGCGUACUGAGCGUAAACUGGGCGACCACAACCUCGAGGUCAACUGCAAACUAGACGAGCUGUUGAGAAGGACGCCUAGACCUAAACCUACGACAUCACCUCUGCCUACGGGAAGGCUGAUUCCUAAGACCCAUAAGCGGGUGCCGUCAGCUGCGCGCUCCGAGAGGUCGGAUGCGUCGUUUGCAAGCUCUAUUUCUAUCCACAAGUCUCAUUCGUCGGAUCGUGUCUAUGCAAGCCCACAUGGUUCGCCUGUUAGGAUCACCUUCCCUCCAAGAAUAUCCCCUUCAUCCAGCACAUCGAGUGCGACCUCGACAAACACUCAUGUUGGUUCUACGCAAGCCCAGCCUUCCUUACUUUCUUUACAAAAACAAGCGGAUCACCUGGACUCUGAAUAUAGAAGACUUCGAUCCCUUAAUUUCCCAUCUGCAGCCGUGAUCGCAGCCCGUAAAGCGGUAGCUAUUCGACGUAUCGUAUGGUCGAUGGAACGGAGUGCCGCGAAUACUGCCGAUCUUGCCAGAUCACUGACUUAUGUGGGACGGAGUCUUCGAAAUCUCUACUGUCCGGACCCACACAUAGGAACUUCACCACGACAUCAUGAAGAGAUUUUGACGGUGUUGACGGAAUGUGUGCGUCUGUACAAGGAUGCCUUUAGGGCUGAUAGCACGUUCAGGUUGGAUUUGGCGAUGGCGUUGUACAAUCUAUCUGUGCGCCACGCUGAUACAUGGACGAAAAAGGCGGCCACACGGUCUGUUGGGAGUAAUCUCAACCUCAACAAGGGAGUUCUUGGUAUCAAAGAUAUGACGGUCGGUACGAGCCUCGCGGCGGCGUUAGAUGCUGCGAACGAAGCUGUCCAUCAUUUCGAGAUUCUCGAGAACGAAGAGCCUGAACUCUAUGGCACAGAGCUGGCAAAUGCCCUCCUCAACCUAUCUUUCAUCUUGACAGACUUGGGGAGGAACGACAGAGCUCUGGGAACGGCGAGGAGAGCGGUUGCUCUUUGUUAUCAGUAUGUCGAGAGUCUAGAGCAUUCUGCCACGUUGAGUUCCGUCUCGGGACAGAACGAGGAACGGAUGAAACGCGACCAGAUACUUCACAAGGCCUUGAUGCGGGUAUCCUGGUGUUUGGAAUAUUUAGGCAGGAGAGAGGAAUCAGCAGAAGCGAUUUUUGAAGCGAAUUCUGUAUUGAAGAAUCAGAAUGCCCUUAUCGGUGCUUCAUGA